UCUCUCUCUCUCUCUCUCUCUCUCUCUCUCUCUCUCUCUCUCUCUCUCUCUCUCUCUGUCUCUGUCUCUCUCUCUUUCUCUCUCUCGUACACUGUCGCCAUGGAGGCAGUGGGGAAGUUUGACUUUGAUGCGUCGUCACCCACUGAGCUGAGCUUCAGGAAGGGGGACGUCCUAAAGAUCCUAUCCUCCAACGACGCCUGGUACAUGGCUGAGAUGCAGGGCCAGGAAGGCUUCGUGCCUCAGAACUACCUGGACGUCCACAUACCAAGGUGGUUCCAGGAGGACGCCAGUCGCAGCUCCGCCGAAGAGGACCUGAUGACGAAGGGCGUUGGAUACUUCCUGAUCCGCGGCAGCCAGAGCUCUCCGGGGGACUUCUCCAUCUCCGUCAGGCACGAGCACGAUGUGCAGCACUUCAAGGUCAUCAAGGACAACCUGGGCCAAUACUUCCUGUGGGCCGAGAAGUUCACCUCCUUCAACCAGCUGGUGGACUUCUACAAGUCCACCUCCAUCUCCAAGCAGAGGCUGAUCUACCUGAAGGACGGCUCCGAGGACAUCCGGGCCCCCAACGCUCACCAGGUACGGGCCCCCAACGCUCACCAGAACGCGGGGGUGGUGUUGGCGCCGGAGCCGACCGACCAGUUUGAAGCAGCUGGGAGGCGGAGCCCACUCGCGGGAGGGGCGGGGCCUGCAGCGGCCCCUCAGAGGGUGGCCCCUGCACAGAUGAGGGCCUCCUUCCAGGUGAAGGUAGCCCCCCUCCCGGAGAGGACAGACCCCACCCAGGGCAGGGCAGCCCCCGUACAGGUGAGAGCGGACCCUACCAGGGGCAGGGGAUCCCCGCUACAGGGGAGGCCGGCCUCGGCCCAGGUGAGGGCGGGAUCCCCGCUACAGGGGAGGCCGGCCUCGGCCCAGGUGAGGGCGGGCUCGGCCCAGGUGAGGCCGGCCUCCGUCCAGGUGAGGCCGACCUCCGUCCAGGCGAGGCCGACCUCCGUCCAGGCGAGGCCGGACUCCGUCCAGGUGAGGCCGGCCUCUGUCCAGGUGAGGCCGGCCUCUGUCCAGGUGAGGGCGCUGUACAGCUUCCAGGUGGAGGAGGAGGACGAGCUGGGGUUCUGUGCCGGUGACGUCAUCGAGGUGCUGGACUGCCGAGAUCCGUCGUGGUGGAGGGGCCGGCUGAGAGGGAGGAGCGGCCUGUUCCCCGCCAACUACACCACGCCGAUCUGAGCAGGGGGAGGAGGAGGGGGAGGGGGAGGAGGGGGAGGAGGA